CACUCACGUGCAUCCACGUCUGAACUUCAUUAAUUGGCAUUGCUGCAAUAUUGCAGGCAAAAGUUUAGGCUGCCGGCAUGGCAUCUGAAACUGACUCUUUGCUCGAGAAACUCGACGGUGUUGCCCCAAUUCGGAAAUUCGAUGCCUUCCCGAAGCUCCCUCCAACCUACAAGUCGAGGACGACGGGUGGGGGGUUUAUCACCAUAUCUAUCAUUCUCUUGUCAAUACUUCUGGUGAUGAAUGACCUUUACGAGUAUGUCUGGGGCUGGCCGGAUCAAGAAUUCAGUGUGGAUACACAGCUGGCCCAAAUUAUGACCAUGAAUGUCGAUAUUGUGGUCAAUAUGCCGUGUCAUUACUUAAGCGUUGAUUUGCGUGAUGCUGUGGGCGAGCGGUUACAUCUGAGCAAUCAAUUCCGAAGAGAUGGAACUACGUUUGAUGUUGGUCAAGCAGAAAUGCUUCAGAACUAUCAAACUCGGAAGAUAAUGGAUGCCAGUGAAGCAGUGACGUUGUCGAGAAAAUCGAGGGGACUUUUCUCAUGGCUUAGGGGUUCGAAGAAAGCAGAGUUUCCGCCAACCUAUAACUACCGUCCGGAUGCACGAGCGUGCAGAGUCUAUGGCAGUGUUCAUGUCAAAAAAGUAACAGGGAACCUGCAUAUUACCACUCUGGGUCAUGGAUAUGGCAGCCAUGAGCAUACCGACCAUAAUAUGAUGAACCUUAGCCACAUCAUUACCGAAUUCUCUUUUGGACCUUAUAUUCCGGAUAUCGUACAACCAUUAGAUGGCUCUUAUGAAUCCACUGACCACAGAUUUACUGUCUUCCAAUAUUUUAUGAACAUCGUCCCGACAACGUAUCAUGCCUCAACAGGUAGCCAAGUCCAUACGAACCAGUAUAGUGUGACGCAUUAUGUGAAGGAAAUUCAACAUGGCGAAGGGGCACCAGGGAUAUAUUUCAAGUUCGACAUAGACCCCAUGUCCAUCGAUGUUUACCAGCGAACGACCACAUUCAUCCAAUUCUUACUCCGUGUGGUUGGGGUUGUGGGUGGAGUUUGGGUUUGUGCUAGCUGGGCAUUUAAGAUCGGUAAUAAAGCCGUGGAAGUGGCCAUUGGUUCGAAGAACGACGAAGAUCUCCUUGCAGACGCCCACUCUACUUCGCGUAAGAGCCGCUGGACCGGGGGCACUCUAAGCAGGCGGAUGCUUGGCAAUGGGAACGCUUGGGAAGACGCUACAUCUCCAGGAUGGACAGCAACUCCCAUUACAUCUUUCAGCACCUAUUCUCAUCCCCCAUCCUCCGCUUCAACAUCCAAUGCCUCUGCUACCGGUCCAUACUCGACAACACCCAAUGUAGGCGCACGGGGUCCAUGGGCAAAUGGGGAAACCUCAAUAUUCCCUCCUUCCUUACCUGGGUCCGCAGCUGCCUCUCACUUCCCUUUCUCGCCCUUACCUCCUGCGGCACCUUCCCCAUACUCUUCAUCAUUCCGCCGAUCCCUUUCAGGGGGGAGCGCCCCUCCUAGUGGUUACCAUCCUGGCCGCGUUUCUCCAAACCCGAGCAACCCGUUACUCACAACAAACUCGACCCCUCCAAGAGCAUCAAGCCGGAGUCCCAAUCGUGUUACACUCGAUGUUCCAGCCCAGUUUGGCAUGGUGCCCGGUUAUGGGGAAGAAAAGGAAGUGCAAUAAGCCACUUUUGGGUAUCGCGGGGCAUCCUGUCGUUGUAUAUCAUGUGUCGUGCUACUCAUUUAUAACGCCAGCUUUGGUUAUGAAUAUUGUGGUAUUAUAUUCGAUGGACAGAAGCUUGGGCACCAUACAUAGAAUGAAAGGAUGCGAGUUGAGGCUAUUGACGUGUUUAUCUCGCUCUCUUCUUCCCUUUCAAUGCUGUACGAGUGUCAGCAUCGCGUUCGGCUAGCCAGAUACCAAAUGCGGGACUUUUUAACCAGCGCUCAUAAAAUUCCUUCUGUUUGGCCUUAGUGCGGAAAGGUAAUGUGCUCCCAUGGGUCUUAAGAGAUGCCAGAAAAUCUGCAUCAGCGAAUGACCCUAG